AUGGAAUCCCCAGAGACUUCAAUAUCAAAUCUAAUAAUUCCUGACGUUUCCACUUUGGAUUUCUUGCAAUAUUCAGAGCCUGACUUUCUCAACCCAUACCUCCGAUCGUGUCGCUUACAAAACACGUGGAAGUUAGCAAAAUCCAAUGGUGUCGAGGGAAUGAUUCACAUAUCGGUUCCGGACACGCAGACUCUUGUUGAAAGAAAAGAUGGACUGAGCAAGUACACGGCGUACAACAUUCACGUGAAUGGCUGGUUUCAUGCAGCCGUGCGAUUCUCCGUCUUACACCAAUUCUCAGAAACACUGAGGAAUCGAUUUGGGGCUAAGCUAAAAGGCCCUGAAUUUCCACCAAAGAAGAUUUUUCGAAAUCUUGAUGGUCCUGGUUUGGAAGAAAGAAGGAUUAAAAUCUCUAAAUACCUUCAAUCACUUGUUCAAAGCCCACAAAUCGCUCGAGAUUUCUACAUAGAGAAGACGUUUUUGGACUUUCAAAUUGAAUACUUUCGACCAACUUGCUCAACGGUUUCACUAGAUAUUUUGUUAGCUGAUGGUGAGAAGAUAACGGUGAAAUGUAAUGUGCGGAGUUCAACAAGUGAAGUUCUUGAGAUAUUAUGCGAGAAAUUGGAAGUUGAGUCUUCUCGACUGAAAAGCUAUUUUGGAUUGUUUGUUGGCUCGCCGAAGAGUUUGAUGGAAGAGGAAGGGACGAGUUCGAGUGAAGGAUUCGAUCUGCUGGUUAUUCGUCUCCUCCGAAACUUUGAAUCCCCUUAUGCAUCUCUUCAACUAAUGAAUCAACGCUCAGCCGCUAGGGGCAUUCAUCAUAAGCUCACCCUCCAAAAGCUGAUCUGGGAUCCGAGAAUCGAGGAAUCUUUGCUCGAUGAUCGAGUCUUUACUCGACUUUUGUAUGCUCAAGCAAAAUCCGAUUUUCAUUGCAAACGAUUAAGGAUUCAACGAAAAGAAACUCUUGAAAAAUUGCAAAACCUUGAGAAACAGGAAAAUAUGGCACAAUUUAUCCGAGCAUGUCAUUUGUUCCCAAGUUAUGGGAUGGAAGAGCUUGGAAAGUGUCGGAGUGAUUAUCCAAGGCCGGACUCGGUUGUGAGUGUCAGUAUGGGAAGGAGGCAGAUUCUGUUCAAAUACAGGCAUGAGGGUCAAAACAUUGAAGAAGCCUUUCGAGCGACCAGGAUCCGCGUCUGGCGAAUCUCCUCUCCUCCUCGUCCCAACGAUCCAUUGAUUUUCCAAUUCGAAUAUCUUCUCAGCAAAGACACAUUCCAAUGGAUCACCCUAUUUACUGAACAGGCUAUUCUCAUCUCAUUACUCUUGCAAUCGAUCGGCAGUGAAAUCUUAAACGAAUAUAAAAAUUCUCUUUUCAACGACGAGGCGUGUGAAAAAAUAGAGGUGCAUGAGAGCAAUGGGCAUCGAAAACCUUUGAUACAAAAAGCGGAUAGUCCGUUGAUUGAUAAAAGAGAGGAGAAGAAACGAAACUCGAUCUCAUCAAACACUUCCGACAGUACAUUCUCUCAAAAUGACCCUCUUGGUGCUCCGAUUUACGAAUCAUUCUCUGACGUUUUCACCACAAUAACGGAUACCCUACCGCCUUACAGCCAUGAAAUGAGAAUAAGCGCGGUAGAGUGUACCACUUUGAAAGAGAGCCAUUUCGAUUUGGAGGUCGCUGAGGGAGCCAGGUAUGUGAUGGAUACAAAAGCAGUCAACGUAGCCGCUCAAGUCGUCAAAAAUAUGUACAUCCAUUCCGAAUCUCCGCCAAAAGCGUUCUUCAAUCGUUUACAGGAUCAAGGACAAUUCGACUCGUGCUAUGCUAGAAAAGCUAUGCCAAAGAAAAACGUGGUGAGAAGUUGGUAUCAAUUGCAAACGGUUGCGGAUAUGGAAAAGUACAUCAGCUGGUACUGGCUGGCCACUUUCAGA